AAAGACUCCAAACUCUUAUCUCCCUAUAAAUUCUGCUUCUACUUGCUAUGGCAAGACCUUCCUUUUCGAUAUACUGCUGAGCUCCCUCCAACAUGGAUAUAGGGAUAGCUGAGACAUUUUUUAUAGGCAUGCAGGGUAGCUUUGACAUUAUACAAAGCCAAUUCAGCCUCUUUGAUCCCCUGGAGCCUUUCACUCAUUCUGAUUGGUAUCCAAAUAGGACUUGUAUGAUUUAGCCAAAUCUGCCUCGGCUUCUCUGCAUUGGAGGAAGCUGCAGAUGGAUACAGGAUACUCAUUCUGAUUGGUAUUCAAAGUAAUGUAAUAUCCUUGGAUAUGCCAGCAACCAUAUGGGAUGGAGCUCGGCAAGAGCCUUGAAAAGCAUGGCCGCACCAAAGCAGAAUUAAUAUGGAGAUAUGAUUUUUGGAUUCUUUAUAUAUAGUAUGAUAUGUUUUUUAUAUAUCACUGUGGUUUUCAAUGUCGUUCAUUGGUUCUAUUAUUUUGUGUGAGCUAUAUUAGUUUUGAAACCUUUUUUGUUCAGCUAAUUCCUUUGUUUCUUUCCAUCCUUCCAUGUUUACAGGGAGAGCCAAGUUUCCAUUUAUUUGGAUUUAUCAUGUGUAUUGGUGCAACAGCAGCUAGGGCACUUAAGUCGGUGCUUCAAGGGAUUUUGCUUUCUUCCGAAGGGGAGAAGCUGAACUCCAUGAAUCUUCUUCUGUACAUGGCUCCUAUUGCUGUUGUACUUCUAUUACCUGCAACGCUAGUUAUGGAGGAAAAUGUUGUUGGUAUAACGUUAGCACUUGCAAGGGAAGAUGUCAGAAUCAUAUGGCUACUGCUAUUCAACUCUGCACUUGCCUAUUUUGUAAACUUGACCAAUUUUUUGGUUACAAAGCACACCAGUGCAUUGACUCUCCAGGUUUUGGGGAAUGCUAAAGGAGCGGUUGCUGUGGUCGUGUCAAUAUUAAUAUUCAGAAACCCAGUAUCAGUCACAGGGAUGCUUGGCUAUACACUCACAGUUUUUGGUGUUAUUCUCUAUAGCGAAGCCAAGAAACGCAGUCGGAAGGAUUGAUGUGGGGAAAAAGCACCAAAGUAUGACUUUCAAGUUUUAAAUUUUGCAUUGCAAUGGGAGGGAUCUGUUCAAGUUUCAAUGACUAGAAACGGAUCGCACACACCCUGCAGUUGUAUCUCGAGAUUUUGUCCUCAAAUUUGCAUGGAAUUUGGCAAGGAUUCGAGGAAUAUGCGCCAACAACCACGUGUCUCAGCCAGUCGGCCCAAACAGGGGAGUAGUAACUUUUGAUUUCUCUCCAUUCUUCUCACAUGGAAGGGUUAAUGGAACUUUUAAAAAAAGAAAACUUUUGGAAAGAAAUUGUAGAAUUCAGUAUACACAUCUUGUGUUAUAUAUAAUUUUUUUCAUAUUCAUUUGAGCCAUAAUGAAAUUUAAUCAAAUGCAGAUACUAUUUGAUUAUGUUACAUUAUGUUUGGUGAAACUUCGCCCGAUUAUGGGUCUCCAGUCCAUAU